CCUUUCCCCUCCCCAAGCCCCGGGGGCCGAGCUCCUCCCUCGGCCUUCCGCUUCCGGGCCGCGCCGCUCCUCGUCCGGCCGCUCGGGGCGGGUCCGCUUCCCCUCGUUUUUUUUUGAUGAGAGCGAGGACGCAGCAGGCGCCCGGAGCCGCGGCUGAGCAGGAGGGUGGCCGGCCCGCCGCAGGGAAGCAUGGCGUACCAGCUGUACAGGAACACCACGCUGGGGAACAGCCUGCAGGAGAGCCUGGACGAGCUCAUACAGUCACAGCAGAUCACUCCUCAGCUGGCCCUUCAGGUGCUCCUUCAGUUUGACAAAGCUAUCAAUUCAGCACUGGCACAGCGAGUCCGGAACAGAGUCAAUUUCAGGGGGUCUCUGAAUACAUACAGGUUCUGUGACAACGUGUGGACAUUCGUACUGAAUGAUGUUGAGUUUAGGGAGGUCACUGAACUUGUGAAAGUGGAUAAAGUGAAAAUUGUAGCAUGUGAUGGAAAAAACACUGGUUCCAAUACUGCCGAAUGAAUAGAACUGUGGUUUGCCUGCAAUAUUUUCUGUUAAUAUGCAGCACUUUCUGGAGAGAAGCAUGGAAAGGGACUGUAUUCAUACUUGAUUCUUGUGAUGCAAAUGUGAGUUAAUCCAUACUAAGAAGGCAUCACAGAACAACAGUGGAAGAAAUACCUGUAGCAUUUCUUCAGUUCACCACAUGGGGCAUGAAGAACAUGAUGUUACUUUUUAAAAAAAAUUACAACAGAUACUGUUGCCUUUUUUUGUUCAAAAUAAUUUCUCUAAUAAACUUUUAUUUAAAAACUUGUGAAUGAAUGAGUGAUCAUUGGAAAGCUUUGUGUAGGAACAGACAGUAAUAUGUUCUCCCAGUAUUGUCUAAAUGUGUUUUGAGUAACGUUGCAAAUGUAAAAGGCUUUUAGUUCCAGGGUUCUCAUACAAAUAUGUUUGCACUGACUAGGACCGCAAGAAAUGGCUGUUUCAAAAUAAUGUUAGAGGACAUCAGCAAAAACUUUGCAGCUCAUGCUGGUCAGUAUACUUGUCUGUUUGUUACUGCAUCCUUCUAUCCAUAAGUAGAUAAUAACUAUCUGCAUAUAUCUUAUAUCUAUUGUUAGAUAGAUAAUAGGUAUCUGUAAAUGUCGUGGUACACUAUGCUAAUAAUACACUAACCUGAAUAUUAAAAGAUUACAGCACAGCUCAAAGACUUAAGAUUGCACUACAUUCUCAACAGAUGUUAGUGCUGCUUAUUUUCAUGUUUAUCUAAUAGAUUUUUAUGUGGAAUACAUUUAACUGAGCACCUGGCAAUCGGGAUUUCAACAAGAGUUGAGCUAUGAAAUUAGAGAUUUCAAAUGGAUAACUGUGUUCUUUAGAUUUAAAUAUGCCACUAACUCAUUCCAAUCAAGAGACCCUUAAAAUAGUUACUGCACUAGAAGUAUGAAUGUAACAUACAGCUUCUAUGUCUGACUUAACAGCAUGUCCUAGUGUGGUUGUAGGGAUGCUAGCUGUUUUGGCUGUGUCAAAUUCAUUUAUUUUUGACAGUAGACUACUUACAGAUUAUUAGAAACUGGGAAUUAUACAAAAAAAAAAGUAAUGGAGUAAUUAUUUUUUUCACAUCAGUCUAAAUCUUUGUGCCAAAACUGAAGCAUAAUUUGUAUGUUGAAAUAUUCUUCCAUAUGUCAGUGGCUGAGUCUGUUAAUUAAACUAAUAAAGUUUUAGUAUUUCCUUUAA